AGAUGUUGAUAUUUUAGUAAAUUAAGAAAAAUUAUAUGAUUAUUAUUUGUUCGAGUCCCACGACUCAAUUUGAAUAUUUAUAAAUGUUAAAAAUGCUAACUUUAUAUAUCAAUUGACACAUCAAUUGAUUUUAUCAUUAUAAGAAGUGCAUAUAAAACAAAUUAAAAAUGUUUUAUGCACAUUUCGUAUUGGCCAAAAAAGGCCCAUUAGCGCGUAUUUGGUUAGCUGCUCAUUGGGACAAAAAAUUGACAAAAGCUCAUGUAUUUGAAACAAAUAUUGAAAAAUCUGUGGAUGGUAUAUUACAGCCAAAGGUAAAAAUGGCUUUAAGAACAUCUGGUCAUUUAUUAUUGGGUGUAGUACGCAUAUAUUCAAGAAAGGCUAAAUAUCUCUUAGCUGAUUGUAAUGAAGCCUUUGUUAAAAUAAAAAUGGCCUUUAGGCCUGGUAUGGUAGAUUUACCGGAAGAACAUAGAGAAGCUGCUGUAACAGCUAUAACAUUACCAGAAGUAUUUCACGAUUUUGAUACGGCAAUGCCAGAAUUAAAAGAUGUUGAUAUUGAAGCACAAUUUAGUUUAAAUCAAUCACGUGCAGAGGAAAUCACUAUGAGAGAAGAUUAUGGGAGUUUAGCUUUGGUUACACAUGAUCAAGGAUUUGGUGAUAUGAGUUUUGAUGCAGAACCUCCAGAAUUACUUAGGCAUGCUGGUGCUGUAGAACCAUCAUUAGAUCAAACUCAUAUGUUAUUCACUGAUGGACCAGGAAUAGAAGCAACUUUAGAACAAAAAGAAAAAGAACCAGUACCUGGUCCAUCAGUAACAGCACAAGCAAUGGAUAUAGAUAUGCCUAUUAGAGAUGAUGGUUUUGGUGGUCAUCUUGGUCAAGAUAUCAUAUCUGGUGGCUUGUUUGAAGGUGGUUUAUUUGAUGAAGCACCCAUGGGUGAAGUACCAGUGCCUGAAGUUAGUACAGUAACAGAAGCACAAGAACCAAGUGUAGUUCCUGGAGGACCACCUUCUGUACAUGAUGAAUCAGAAGAAGAAAUGGGAGAUCGUUUCGGAGGUCCACCAUCUCCCAUGGGAGGAAUGAGUACUGAUGAAUCCAGACCUGUUUCUCCAGCUGCUCCUGGUGAAGAAAUUGAGGGAAGAAUAAGUGUUGCAAGUCGUCGUUUCACUCCUGCUCCACCAACUAUUCCUGAAGAACGUCCAAUGGAAGCUAUUGAAGAAGCUCCGCCUUUACAAGAUCAAACUACAUUGUUACAUGAUGAAGAAGAAAGUUUUGCUCUUGCACCUGUUGAUGCAUCUGCUUUAAAAGGAUUUACAAAAGCAAAACGUAAACGCAAACUUAUUGUGGAUGAAGUAAAAAAUAUUUCUGGUGAAGAAAUGAAAGCACAAUUAUCGGAUACUAGUGAUAUUAUUACGACAUUGGAUUUGGCUCCACCUACAAAACGAUUAAUGCAUUGGAAAGAAACUGGCGGAGUUGAAAAAUUAUUUGCUUUACCAGGAAGACCAAUACCAGCACGUGUAUUAUUUAAGAAUUAUCAACGACAUUUGACUAGUAAAUCUUAUGAUCAUGAGGAUUUUGGACGUUUAGUAGGUGAAGAAGAAAAUAUGUCUUUAGAACAAAUGAGAGAACCUGCAGAACCUGAUGCAUAUGAACAAAGUAUCCUUAGUAAACGAAUGUCUCGCAAACGAAAAGCACCAGCAGAUGAAGAGAUAAGGCCACCACCUCCAGCACCAUUACCUCCUCCAAUAGAAACUGUUCCUGAAACAGUGGAAGUUCCUAACAUAGUUCCUCAAUCAAGUCUUCCCCCUACAGAAUCACCAAUACCUCCACCUGAAGUAUCUUUACCAACUGAAUCAUCAGUAUCUGAAAUUAGUGGUAUAGUGCCUCCCAUUGAAGAAGUAGAAAUGGUUUCUUUACCUUCUGAAGCACCUUUGCUUCCUUCAGAAAUUCCCGAAAUUUCUGCUAAUGAUGCUAUUACUACAUCUGAAGAACCAGUUGUUCCAUCCACUCAGGUAGAAUCAGAAGUUACCCCUGCACCACCUGUUGAAAUGCCUCAGAUGGAAAAUAUGGGCUAUGAUCAGGCACAACCUCAAGUACCCUACAUUGGUUAUGAUGAACAUCCUCCUCCACCACAUACACCUGCUGUAUCAGAAAGAGGACCAGCAACACCAUGGAAUCAUGAAGAUUAUGAAUUUCCUCCAUCUGUAGGACCUCAAGAAGAACAACAAAUAGAUGAAACUUAUGAACAAUUUGAAGAACGAGUUCUUAAUAAAAGAGCAUCACAUAUGUAUCAUGUUAUUAAAAGUAAAUUAGAUACCAAAGAUAGAUUGACAUUAUCGGAAAUGGCAUAUAAAAACAAUCGCAAACAGGUUGCACAAAAAUUUUACACGUUAUUAGUUCUAAAAAAAUUUCAAGUAUUAGAACUCAAUCAAGAAUAUCCAUAUACUGAAAUUGUAGUCAGUAAAGGACCAAAAUUCGAAAAUCCUGCAUUGUAAAACUGCUAGGUAUUUCUUACCAUACACUCACUGUUAAAAAUGAUGGAGAAAGAAGAGUGUAGCUAUUUUUAAUCACAUAAAAUAAGCAAUUUAUCUAAGUUCUUUUGGAAAAAAAUUUGAAUAUUGUAAAAUAAUAUAAAAUUACUAUAACUUGAAAUAUCUGAAUAAGAUAAAAAAAUUUUGUAAAUCAUGUUUUAAACUCCUGGUUGGGGAAUGUAUUCGUUUUGUAUAAACAAAAGAAGAAAUAUUUUGGACCUUCUGCAUUUUUAUUAUAAUAAAAAAAAUUCAAUUAAAAAUAUACAAAUUUAUCAUUAACAAAUAAUGUUUUAUAUUGAUAAAAAAUCAACUGACUUUAUUAAAUUUAUUAUUAUCCGAUCAGGAUUUGUAUAUAAUAAUAAUAUAUAAUAAAAAUAUCUUAUAUCUUAAUAUUUAGAAAUUUUUUGCUUCCAAACUGCAGAAUGGUCCAAAAUUAUUAAUAAUUAUGUAAGAUAAUUUAAUGAAAAAUUCUGUUAAAAAUUUCAUAAAAUGAGAUUAUGUAUAGUUUAAAUUCAUUUUUAAAUAUUUAAAAAUUUUUCAAAUUAAAAAUUAUCGAAAAAUUAUCGAACACAUUAAAAUUUAAUUUUUUUUUGUUUAUUAUUAUUAGAGUACUUACAUAUUAAUUACUAUUGAACAAUUAUUAAUGAAGAAUCAAGGGAAUAUUUUAUGGGUAAUACUUUUAUAUAUUACAAACUUUAGAAUCAAUAGUGUAUUUAAAUUAUUUUUCAGAUUUAUAUAAAUAUUGUUUACUUUAUAUUUUGUGUACACUUGACAUAACCUGUACAGUUAUUGUUUAUAAAUUACUAAAAAUUUAUGCGAUCCUCUAAUUUAUAUUUACAUUGUGAACAACAUUCCAAAGAGCUGAUUCCUUUUUCAAUUUGCUUUUCUCUUUUAAUAUUUUUAUUAAAUAAUUUCAUAGUAUAUUUUAAAAAAUUUAUUAAUUAUAUAAAAUGAUAAUUGUUCGAUUUCUAUUUUUUAAAAAAUAUAACUUUAUAAUUUACGUAAUUUGAUCAUAAUAUUCGAUAAUUUAUUGUUAUACAUAUAUGUAUAUCAGUUUUAUGGAAUACAAAUGUUAAAUCAUAUUUUUUAAAAAAUGCUAUAUUUUAUCAAAUUGAUAUGUUGAUAAUUUCUUAAAAUCAAUCGUAUAACAUUGUAAAUAUAACGUGCACAGUAAACAACAUAAAUUGUCAUGACGCAUGUAAUGGUGUUAAAAAGCGUAUCAUAAAAAAAAAUCGAUUGCUAUAUCAUAUAUUUGAAAUGCCUUUUGUAAAUAAUCAUAUAAUUCACUAAUUAAUAUACAUCUGUUUAUAAAAUAAAAAAAAAUUUCUGAAA